ACCUGGCAUUUUGACCCGUGUGUACAGCGUUAGCGUCGGGGUGAGUCGUCGCCAUGGUAACCGCGGAAGCCGGGGAUCCCGGGAGCUGAGAGUGCUGGGUCCGGGCGGCGCCGAAGGCCCAGGUAUUUUUGGAGUUAAUGGAUCUAGAAGAACCCCAAGACUCAGAGAGUUCAGAAAAAUCAGAACCUGUCUCACAGCAAGAAGAAGUUGAAGAAGGAGAAGAAGAAGAGGAGGAGGAGGAAGAAGAGGAAGAGGAGGAGGAGGAGGAAGAGGAGGAGGAAAAGACAGGCCUUUUUAAUCCUCUCUUACAACCUGUUCUCACAGGGGAUGUAGAAGGUUUGCAGAAGAUUUUUGAGGAUCCAGAGAACCCUCUCUAUGACCAGGCUAUACAGCUCCUCUUGGAAAAAGACAUUGUUGGAAGAAAUUUGUUGUAUGCAGCUUGCAUGGCUGGGCAGAGUGAAGUGAUUAGAGUUUUGGCAAAAUAUGGCGCGGAUCUGAAUGACAACACAGCCAGAGGUUAUACACCCUUACACUGUGCUGCCGCCUGGGGUCGUCUGGAAACAUUGAAAGUGCUUGUGGUGGAACUGGAUGUUGACAUAGAAGCUCUGAACUUCCGGCAAGAGCUAGCUCGAGAUGUUGCUGCUCGGUAUUCCCAGACCGAGUGCGUUGAAUUCCUGGACUGGGCAGCUGCAAGGCUGGCUCUGAAAAGAUACAUCCUAAAGGUCUCUGCCACUCUUGCAGAAUCAGAAAAGGGACCAGGGAGACUCUUCAAAGAAGACAAGAAUAACAUCCUCACUGCAUGCCGUAUAAGAAGUGAGUGGUUGGAAACCCAAUUGGAAGCUUCGAUCAAUGAGAUUUUUGAGCAGAAACAACAAUUGGAAGAUAUUGUGACUCCUAUCUUCACAAAAAUGGCCACACCACGUCAAGUGAGGAGUGCCAAAUCUGUAGCCUAAGCCUUGCUCAGAAAAGAAGCCAACACCAUGCCUUCUACUGAACAGACACGUUUUAAAAAGCCGCAUCUUCUUCCAGCAUUUGUAAAGCCACACCUAUUCAUGACAACUGAGGCUGAGAACAUAGAUGUGGGGUUUUAUAAAAAUGUUUAAGUGUGAAAUGGGACCACCCCUGUUCUGUUUUACCCUCGUCAGCGUGCUCACGUCCGGACUCUGACCUUGACUGCUCCCCUGGGUGCAAGCCCCUGUGAG